CUAACAUUCCGCAUCUUGAGCCAAAUAAAAGCCCUAGUACAAAUCCUCAUUAGGUUUUCCAUAUCGCCAUAUCCCCAUCACAUUUCUGCCUCUAACUCCGCCGCUCUCCUCCGUUCAUCGUUCUCCGAUCAAUGGCUCCAAAGAAGGCACAAGCUCCACCUCCAUCUUCCAAGCCAGCAAAGUCCGGCGGUGGAAAGCAGAAGAAGAAGAAGUGGAGCAAGGGAAAGCAAAAGGAAAAGGUGAACAACAUGGUGUUGUUCGACAAGUCUACAUACGAUAAGCUACUCUCUGAAGCUCCUAAGUAUAAGCUUAUCACUCCUUCUGUCCUCUCCGAUCGUCUCAGGAUUAGUGGAUCACUUGCUAGGAAGGCAAUUAGAGAUUUGAUGGCUAAAGGUUCAAUCAGGAUGGUGUCUGCUCAUGCUAGCCAGCAGAUCUACACCAGGGCUACCAACACUUAAUAUGCGUUAUUUCAUUUGCUUACAUAGCUCUUGUAGGGGCUACUUGUUUUAGAAAUUUCUAAGCUUAUUUUGGAAAAUAUCAGAGGACAUGAGCAACACAGCUAUUUUGAGCAAUAGUUUUGAUCGCAGUUACUAUUUUGAC